GUGAGCAGGGCACUAUGCCACCAGGGCUCCAACAUAGUGUGUUAAAACUUGACUGUUAGACCUUUCAUUCCUAGACCUUCUGUACCCGAUGUUUGCAAUAGUCAAUCUCUGAAUUCAAAUGAGUUACUUUGGGAAAUAGACUUUAAUCACUGUGUCCCUUAGAUGCCAUGGAGUUUCACUCACUCAAUAAUGUAGGCCCAGGCUACCUUUGGGGCCACUUUGUUGCAGGUCUUGUUAAGGAACCAAUCCCUGGUGGUCCCUUCCCCCAAGGAGAUCUGAACAUUACCUGUGCUUCAGAGAUAAGGUCUCAAAGCUUAUGCCCACCACUUCUCACUAAGAACCAGAAGCAGGUUUUCCAUUAGAGGUGGGUAGAAAAUAUUUAUCUCAUUUACACAUAAUGGGCUUUAAAAUAUCCAAAGCCUAUAUCUUAACAUGAACCGUUUCAAUUCACUUUUUGGAAAACACUGGGUAUUAAGUAUAAUUCAAUAAUAUAAUGUUUAAAGUAAGGUUUGUUUCCAGGCUGUGUAACUCUUCUGGGAUCAUAGGCUGUCAAAUAUGAUACACGAAUACUAGAAUCUCAAAAACAAAGGGUUGACCCUCAGUGAAAAAGCCUUCGGAUUGGUUGAAGAACAUAUUAGGAAUUUUUGGCUAUAUAUAACAAAAAUCAAAACUUGAGAUAGAUGAUUAAAAAAAUACUGUAUCAUCACUGUUUUGGAUUGAAUUACGUCCCCCCAAAGUAUGCGUACCCUAGCUGCAUAGUGGUUAAGUAUGCGUUGUAAAGCCUAACCUCUGUGUCUGUGGUUCUAAUCCCAUUGGGAAUGGGUUGCCUUUGCUACCUAAUGAGGCAGCAUUAGUGUAAUGUGUGUCUUGAGUCAAUGUCUUACAAAAUAAAAAAGAAGCAGAUUAGCAAGCAGAAAUGGGGGAAGACAGAUGCCAAGGUACAGGGAGAUCUCCAAGGAGCCAGGCAAUAAAAGAUGAAGAGACAAGGAUCUUCCCCCAGAGCCAAUACAGAGAGAGAAAGCCCACCCCUAGAGCCAGGACCUUGAAUUCGGACUUCUCAACACCUAAACUGUGAGAAAAUAAAUUUCUGUUUGUUACAAACUUCCACUUAUGGUAUUUCUGUUAUAGCAGUACUAAAUAACUUAGACAAUGACAUAGAUUUAAGUUUCUCAAUUAUCUACAGUCUAACCACACCUGUGCUCUUAAAUAUUAGCUUCCCUAAAUGGUUGCUUGAAUGUCUCAUAGGCACCCAAAAUGUAACAUGCUUUUCAUUUUGAUCAACUCCACCUUAAACCAGUUUUGUCUAAUAUUCAGAAUGUAUCGUGGCCAUUCAUCUAGUUGCAAAAGCCAAAAACACAAAAGUCUUCCUUAAUCUAUCCCCAUCUCUCAUUCCUUCAUAUGUCUCUCAUAUAAUUCACUGUAUGAAUUAUGGUAAAGAGGGCAUCUUGUUUUUAUGCUUCUCUGUCUGUCAAAUUUACCUCCUUCUUGCUGUCGUCAGCUCAUCCACUUUGAACCAAGCCAACACUCUUGAUGACCAGUAAUCUCAUAGCAGUGUCUUGCCUCUUUUUUUUCUCCAAAUCUAUUAUCUUCCUAACUGCCAAAAUGAUACAGUAAAACCUGCGAAAGUCGAAACGUGUAAGGCGGAAACCUGUCAGAGAAGAAAAACUCAACACUAAAACGAGGUAAAGAUUCUUAAUAGAGAGCAAUGCUAAGCACCCUGUCAAAGGCAGAAAUCUCCAAGUCCCAGAAAACUAAGACAGUCCUUCGAGUUCUGGCUUUUGCAAGUUUUACUGCAUUUUUAAAACUUAAAGCUGAUCAUUUUACUCACCUAAAUCAAAACUUAAUUUUAAUCAUUAGAUAAGGAGCUAUGGUGGGACUUCUUUGAGUCUGGUUACCACCUCUGGAACUCUCAAUUGUGACUGGGAAGGGACUCUAAUUGCCUUAGUUAGGGCAGGUGACCAUCCCUGAAAUACACAACUCUAGGAAAGUAUUUAGGGUAUUAUAAUAACAUGCUGCUUCUUCGGCACAUAUAUGUCAUAUGUGAAAAAAAGAUCAAGAUGCUAAAAAUUAAGUUUAUUCUUCAUAUUCAUCACACUGUGUUUUUAUUCCUAAUCAGUAAAUAAAAUAGCAAUCCAAAAUAAAAAAACAUAGUGGAAAAAAUAUGAGAAAUUGCACAAACUUGAGAGCAAGAACAAGGUCAUGAAAGAGAAGGAAAAAGUAAUGUUACACAGUAAAUUACAAUGCAAGCUUUAUAGAAGUGAUUUUAAAAAAUUGAUAGUUAUCAUUAAAAAAUAAAACUAAGGACAGUAUAAGUGAUCUGAAAAAUAAAUCUGAAGACAUACCUCCAUACAUUUUUGUCAGAGGUAAUGAAAUAAAAAAUGAGGAAAAAAAAAACAUACCAUCUAUGCAUAACAGAAUUAGCAAGAUCAACAUAAAUCUAAUAGAAAUUAUAAAAAGAUAAAAAAGAAAGACUACAGAGGAUGGGUCAGGGUAGUGGUUAGAAUUGUCUAUUCUUAGCAAACAGCAGGAAAACUUAGAUUAAACAUCACAAGGAACCAUUAAAUUAUUUGGAGAUAAUUUCUCAAGCCUUUCUUAUAUACAAUUGGGAGAAAUAUUAAUUGUAGUUUAAAACAUUUGCAAGUAAGUAAAAUAUUCAAAUUUUAGUAAUAGUGCAUGAGUUUGGAUCAUCUGUUUAAUUUCCCAUACUAGUAGUUUCUCUGUCCCAAAUGAUUAUGAAAAAGUAUAGGAUAAAAAUAAGUUUAUGAUCCAUGGGAGAGUAAAGUUGAAACAAUGCCUAGAUUGUUUUUUAUCAGAACUAGAGUCUUGAAUUUAGUAACUGACAGAAUAAUACAUGAUUGAAGAAAAUCUCAGCAAGGAAUUAUCCUAGCCAUCUAACAACAGUCACAGAAAAUAAUUCCUUGAAGUUUUAACUCCUUUUCCUUUCAUUCUUCCAACAGGUGAAUUUCCACACUCUUACAUGGCUCCUGAAAAUCUCACCGGGGUGACGGAGUUCAUUCUCAUGGGAGUCUCAGACCGUCCUGAACUUCAGCUCCCUCUUUUCUUUGUCUUUCUUGUAAUCUAUGGGCUGACUGUGGUAGGCAACCUGGGCAUCAUCACCCUCACCAGUGUGGACUCUCGCCUUCAAACCCCCAUGUACUUUUUUCUCCGACAGUUGGCUAUCAUCAAUUUUGGCAAUUCUACCGUCAUUGCCCCUAAAAUGCUGACCAAUUUCUUAGUAAAGAAGAAAACCACUUUUUAUUAUGAAUGUGCCACCCAAAUGGGUGGGUUCUUGUUUUUCAUUGUAGCUGAGGUUUUCGUGCUAGCUGUGAUGGCCUAUGACCGCUAUGUGGCCAUUUGUAACCCCCUGCUCUACAUGGUGGUGGUAUCUCGACAGAUCUGUCUUCUGCUGGUAUCCAUAGCAUAUGUCUAUGGCUUUUCUACAGCUAUCGUGGUUCCUUCUUGUGUAUUCGCUAUGUCUUACUGUUCUUCCAAUGUUAUCAACCAUUUUUACUGUGACAUUGUUCCCCUGUUAGCAUUGUCCUGUUCUGAUACUUAUUUCCCAGAAACAGUAGUCUUUAUUUCUGCAGCUACAAAUUUGGUUCUCUCUGUGAUUAUAGUUCUAAUAUCCUAUUUCAACAUUAUCUUGUCCAUUCUCAGGAUACAUUCAUCAGAGGGAAGGAAAAAAGCCUUCUCCACCUGUGCUUCACAUAUGAUGGCGGUCACAGUGUUCUAUGGAACGCUGCUAUUCAUGUAUUUGCAGCCUAAAACUGACCAUUCAUUAGAUUCUGAUAAAAUGGCUUCAGUGUUCUAUACACUAGUGAUCCCUAUGCUGAAUCCUAUGAUCUACAGCUUGAGGAAUAAGGAUGUGAUAGCUGCCUUCAAGAGAUUCCUGUCAAACCCAUGCUAUUCCUUUAAACCAAUGUAAUUUUAGACUAUUUUGGUAAAUGAUAAAAUGUUAAUGUAGGUUGCAGGUUAUUAGCAUAA